AUGAUGCGAAAGGCCCUUUUCUGCUCACUCCUGUGCCUGGGCUUGGCACGAGAAGACUUCCUGAGUCGCAAGAGCAGCAUCUCGACCAGGUGCAUUCUGCAAGGCUGGGCAGAUAACAAUCAUCUGGGGGACAUCUUGAAGGUAACGCAGGACUGUUUCACACGGAAUGCGGUGCUGACCAACCAGGGUGACGUAGUGCUCCAAGGGACUUUGGGCGUGGCCACGGGUUGCGUGCUGACCAAUCUGGACGCCGCCUGGGGCUGGCACCCGGUACUUGUGGGCUCUGGGUCUGACACAGGCGGUCCUUAUGACAUCUACGGAGUCGGUUCACGUGUUACCAUGAUUGCGGUGGAGACGCCCUCCGGGCGUUGGCAGUUCAUGCUCCGCAAGGGGCACACCGGCUUAAAGGCGGCCGACAAUGCCAGUCAUGUGCCCGUGACGGUGCAUAGCCACCACCGUGGCGAUGCGACAGAGCAGCAGGAGACGGAUCUCAUCCACUUCGCUGAGGCUUGUUUCAGCAAGAAGGAUGUGGACACCUCGAACCUCGGCAGCCUGCAGAUGACUUUGGGCCAGAAUGUGGACUGCGUGCUUCAGAAAUGCAGUGAAUUGUGGGGCUUCAAGCCAAAUGCACCAAAUUCCGGCUCUGACACGGGUGGCCCUUACGAUGCCUAUGGUCUCGGUGCCACGGUCAUGGGAGUGGAGUCCCCAUCCGGCAAGUGGGAGUUCGUGCUGCAGCUGAAGUACUAG